AUGCAUAAGAAUACAAUUUGGUAUGCAGCCAUAUUAUUGGUGAUUUAUUUUACUCUCGUGUUUUGUGAUGAAAAUAUUGAUGAUGAACAUGUGAAAAAUCAAAGUGAAAUAAUGAAAACUCCGGCAAGAGAAAUUGGCCAAGAUCUGUUGGAAUUUGAGGGGCGUACUCGUCGUCAUCGUCAUAUGUUCUGGUGGCGUCAUAUUUGGCCCAUUGCCAUUGCCUAUUGGAUUAAGGUGAAGGUGAUCAUUGUGUCCUUCUUUGUGGGCAGUGCCAUUUAUUUGGGUUUCCGUUAUCUAUUGCCUCAACAUCAUAGAUGCAAUCAGGAGAUUAUCCUUGAUCAUCCACCACCAUCUUUCCAUGAUCAUCAUGAUCAUAUUCCUUACUCCUUGGAUCACUCGGACCACUAUGAAGGACCCUCCUCUUAUGAUUCGAGCUCCUUUGAUCCUUACUCUGCCUAUGGUGGUUAUUCCAGCAGUUCGGAUAUUGUUUCUGAUAUUCAACCCGAUAUACACAGUGAUGGGCCCACAGCUCCUGGCGAUACGCGUCGUCGUGGCAAACGUGAUGUAGAACAGGAUCAACAGCUGGAAGAGGAAGAUGAGCAAGUGGAAAUUGUCGAUGAGGAAAUCUCAGAGAGUGUUGGCCGCCAGCAACCCACUGAAGAACAAAUUGCCGAAUUUAUGUUUGCCUUCUUGGGACUCGAUUCCAAGGCUUGUCGUCGUCGUUUUGUCUGCGAAAUGGAAUUCCGCUCCAAGCUGAAUCCCCUGACCAGCAUGGCCUUCCGCAUAGUGGGACGCGGCUUCUUCGAAAAGUACACAAAUGCCAAUAAUCCAGAGGCAAGAGCCACCAGUUUCCAGGAAUGUGCUGCAGUUAAUCCCGAAUGCGUUUUCGUGGAGACCGAUGGCAUUGAUGAAGAAUCCACGGCAUCUGGUCAGGAAGAAACUUCCACUGAAGCCUCCAUGGAAUCGCAAAAUGAGAUUAACUUAAAGGCUGAGCGACGAAGUGCCAAAUUGAAAAAUCGUCGAGGUGAUCGCAUGCUUAGUCCCAUAGCCGAACAUAUAAUGAUGCAGUAGAAAUCAA